AUGGCAGACCAACAACAGCGAAUGGCCGACGGUUCCACCCAGCCCCUCUCGCGUGGGGCUUCCGGUGGCGAAAGUCGUCGAAACUAUGGUUCCACGAGCAAUAUUGGUGUCAAUACGGGCGAUGGACGCAGGCCGAUUCGCGGCCGACGAGGUCCUACAUUGAGCCCUGCAAGUGCACACUUUCCCCGAACGAAUACCCGUGAUUCGUAUCUCGAACACUCGGGACUUGGGUUGCGCAGACCACUGAGUGUCGUUGGGUUAAAGGAGUCCAUCAAGGAUGGGUGGCGGAAUACGCUCAAGCGCACCCCUUCGACAUAUGAUGCACCCCUCGAAGAGCCUACUGAAGGUCAACCUGACGAUACAGAGGCCGUGAGAAUAAACGGAAUUCGAGUGUGGUACAGCAGCUUCACCAGCAUUGACUGGCUACAUGAUGCGAUCAAGGACUCAAUGCGCAUACGUCGUUUGCGACGCCGCAAGUCGCUCCGAGGGCGCCUUACCAAUGCAUUGGACAGAUUUACGGGAUGGUUCAUCGUCACCAUCGUCGGUUUGCUCGCAGCCGUCACUGCAUUUGCCAUUGUGCGUUCGGAGCAAUGGCUCUUUGAUCUAAAGGAGGGAAGGUGCAAGGACGGAUUCUUCAAGGCGAAACGAUUCUGCUGCCCAAUGGCCGUGGACAAUCUCACCUUUUCGACCGGCUUGGACAACGUGGUGCACCCCCUCUCCUUUAUCGCCAAUCCUAUCGCAUUUUACAAGAGCGCAAAAGACACUCUUCCGGCCCCAGAGGAGGAAUGUGCUGCCUGGCAAACCUGGAGCGAACUCCUCGACCCCAGCGACUGGACGCCAAAUGGAAUCUCCCUCGCAUCCUGGAUGGUCGAAUAUAUCUCUUAUAUUGUCGUUGCUCUGGCACUGGCACUCAUCUCGUCUUUCCUUACCCUUAAAUUGACCGCCUCGACAAGCUUUAUCGGACGCAAAGACUCUUCUUCUAUCAACCGGGACUCCUUCCAUGUCAAAGGGCCGAUUCCACCCGUGGAAGCACCGGCUCCGACGAGAAAGGUCAUGUACUUUGCCGCCGGUUCAGGUAUCCCGGAGAUCAAGACGAUACUCUCUGGGUUUGUCAUUCAUGGUUACCUCGGUGGACGAGUGCUCUUUACCAAGUCGGUCGGACUCGCGCUCAGCGUCGCGUCUGGACUCAGCUUGGGUAAAGAGGGUCCGUUUGUCCACAUUGUGAGCUGCUGGGGCAACAUCUGCAGUCGAUGGUUUGAAAAGUAUGAGACAAACGAAGCCAAACGACGAGAAAUUCUUAGCGCAGCGAGUGCAGCUGGAGUCUCGGUCGCCUUUGGCGCGCCCAUUGGAGGCGUUCUCUUUAGUUUGGAGGAAGUCAGCUACUUUUUCCCACCAAAGGUCAUGUGGAGGAGUUUCUUCUGUGCUAUGAUUGCGGCUGUAACUCUCAAACUUCUCAAUCCGUUUGGUACGGGAAAAUUGUGCUUUUCCAAGUCACGUACGAUCAAGAUUGGGGGUCUAUGGUGCCUAUUUUCGAAACUCAAUUACCGCUGGUCCAAGCAUGUUCGCAACGGAAAGUGGCUCGGGAAUCACCCCAAAUCCGAGGUAGCCAUCAUCACCUUGAUUACUGCCCUCCUCUCCUUUUUGAACCCGUAUACCCGAAUGGGUGGGACUGAACUCGUGUAUAAUCUAUUCGCAGAGUGUCGUCCAGGUCACUCGCAUGAGGGUCUCUGUGUCAACGAUCCUGCCAGUGUGCGACCGGUCGUCAACGCCAUUGCUGUGGCACUUCUCGUCAAGGGGGCUCUGACGAUUGUGACAUUUGGAAUCAAAGUUCCCGCUGGUAUCUUUAUUCCCACUCUGGGUGUGGGUGCAUGUGCGGGGAGAAUAUUGGGACUGGCCGUUCAAUGGUUGAGCUGGGUGCAUCCUAACAUGCGAGUGUUUGAUACGUGCAAGGACAAGGAUGCAUGUGUCGUUCCUGGUGUCUAUGCAAUGGUUGGCGCCGCGGCAACACUGUCGGGAGUGACGCGCACGACAGUGUCUCUUGCUGUGAUCAUGAUGGAGCUUACCGGAACUUUGACAUAUGUAAUUCCGGUUAUGCUCAGCGUACUGGUUGCCAAGACGGUAGCCGAUGCCCUGGAGCCCAAGGGUAUCUACGAUUUGGUCAUCGAGUUAAAUCAGCUCCCAUAUCUUGAUCACAAGGCAGAGUAUCGAUGGGGCGUUCUCACCGUGGCGGAUGUUAUGGACAAAAAGGUCGAGGUCAUCAACAUUGACAAGCAGAACAGCGUAGCCUCUCUUCAAGGUCAACUCUCGCGAGUGUUUGGAAUGGGGACGCUGGACGGUGGAUUCCCGAUUGUGACCAGACAAGAGUCUGGAAGUGCACGGGGAUGGAAGAUGAUUGGAUACAUUUCGCACAAUGAGCUGGAGCAUGCAUUGAACAUAGUCAAGGACGAGCCAGAUUCGCUCGUCCAGUUCCACCCGAUGGCCCCGUUGCGGGAAUAUGCGCCGUCGAUGUCGUCGUUGCAUGACAAUGCGUAUGAGCCGGACCCACUCGACUUUACCGUUUAUAUGGAUCAGGCACCACUGUUGGUCCAGGCUCAUUCGCCACUCGAGGUUGUUCAGCAAAUGUUUGUCAAGCUGGGGGCACGUUAUGUGGUGGUGAUUAAUUCGGAUGGACUGUAUCAAGGUGUCAUUGACAAGAAGGGGUGGCUACAGUUUCUUACCGAGCUCGAGGAAAAGUCGUAG